AUGGCCAAGGCCAAGGAGCCGAAAGGCGUCCAGAACCGCAUCAUUUAUUCCAGAGCCUCAUAUCUUUACCAAGCAGCCUCAUACCUCGCCAGUCAAAAUCGCCAACCAGGACAAGAUGCUUCAUCAGAAUCCUCGCCCUCAGGUCAUGAGCACAGUGCUCCAGCGCCAACAGCCAACGAACAAAGAGCUACGCAGAAUAUGUCUCGCCAUAUCGCCUCUAGCUUACGGGCUGUUUCUUUGAAGGCCCAGAUUCGACAAAGUCCAGCCAUGAAGCAGACCAUCUGCAAAUUCUGCGACACCCUCCAGGUCGAAGGAGAGACUUGUACCUCAACCGUGGAGAACGCCAGCAAGGGCGGGAGGAAACCCUGGGCAGACGUCCUUACGAUACGUUGCAAGACGUGUGGAAACGUCAAGAGGUACCCCGUUAGUGCGCCAAGGCAGAAGAGGAAGACCUUGCGAGGACCGAAGCCCGAUGAGCCUAUGGAGGAUGGCCAUGAAUCCAGAAACCAAAGUUUGAAUAACUUGAUACCAAUCUCCUAGCGGCUACGAUGAGAUGCGAAGAUCGUCAGAGCUGCGGAAAAGCGAGCCGUCAGAAGGACACCGAAGUUGGUCCUAACACCAGAACCCCUGGAUACCAUGCAACAAAGAAUCAUCUUUGGAAAAUCACAUGGGAGGUGGUGUAGAGCUGGCUGUGCUCGCCCUUGAAGCCAAGCCUUGGAACCCGAAGCUGAAUGCUACGAACAAAGCCAAGGUCUUGAACGGGAGGCGGCGGACUCCAUCACAAGCACAUGUCUGGUAGAUGUCUGAAGUGAUUCGCCAAUAUAGAUUCGGCGAUGAUCAUAAAUCGCCGUAAUAGAACAUGGCUUAAGCCACAAU